AUGGAUCCAAAGACGCCAAUACAGAAUAACAGAGCAACGCGCUCGUCACUUGCGUGUCUACCCUGUCGCUCGCGCCACUUAAAGUGCGACGGGAAGCGACCGUGCUGCAGUCGCUGCGCUGAGGUGGGCAAGCAGUGCCAGUAUGCCCAAUCGCGUCGUGGUGGGCUAGAUCGUGCAGCCCUCGCAGAGCGGCGCAAACGAUUAGCUGCUGCAGCCCAUACUAUGGUAAUCGAAGAACUUAGUCCGCAAUACCCGAUAGAUCUUCAGCUAGGCCAAGGACUAGAAUUGCCGUCUCAAGGAAUUGAGACGGACGCAUCCAAUGGCCAUCGUCUGCUCGACGGAAUCAGUACUGGGGAUGCAACAUCCGGCACAUCAUCGCCACUGGCCACUCAAAUUUUGCCUCACAAUCUCUUGAAUGAUGCCCUGAUCAACUCCUACUUCGAGAAUUUCCAUACAUUCCACCCAUUCCUGCCUCCACAAAAGCACCUGAUGAGACUAUAUCAGGAUCAGAGCAAGCAAAAUACUCUUAUGCCACUGAUAGCCAUUAUUCGCCUGGUUGGAUAUCUCUAUAAUGCACGACAAUGGUCAGCCUCACUGAAGGACUAUGCCGAGUCCUGCUUCUCCCAAGUACCACCAACAGACCCAAUCAUGGUCCAGUGUCGCCUCCUAUAUUCAGUUGCUCUAUUUUGGUAUGACUACAAAAUUGAAGGCAAAUCGCAAAUGGACCAGGCAACUCGCUUAGCCAUUGACUUGCAAAUGAAUCGCCAAGAAUUCUCGACGACACAAGGAGCCGGAGAUCCCAUCUUACAGGAAUGCUGGAGGAGAACAUGGUGGAGCCUGUACAUCGUGGAUGCCUACUAUGCGGGAACUCAAGGAACCAUGAAUUUCCAAGUUGUAGAUAUAGAAUCUACAGUGGACUUGCCUUGCGAAGAGAAAGAAUACCAGUCGGGGGAUAUUCCAGAACCGAAAACCAUACAAGAUUGGGAAAAUCGUGAAUUUGCUCCAGAUAAUCUUGAGUUCUCGUCCUUUGCAUAUCUCAUUGGCGCUGUACGAUGCACAGCAUUCGCAAUAUCCACGGCCCCAAAGAUUGCAAUUAAGGAAGACUCAAUGCAUGUGAUUCAAACUGCCGACUCGAUAUUGAAUGGGUGGCUCCUUUUAUUGCCGAAAAGCCGCAAGCAAGUCAUGAGCAAAACGGGAGAGAUCAAUGAGCUCAUGUUCCAGGCCCAUUUGCUCAUUCAUGUAGCAACAAUCGGCUUACACCGACCAUUCUCGGACCUCAAAUUUAACCCCGUGGAAGACAUCUCAAGCUGCGCUCGAGAGCCGCCACCAGAUAAUCCUACACCAGACCUCAUAAAUGUUCACGCUGUGCGCGUCUUACGUUCAGUCGAGGCCCAGAUACGUCUCCUGGCGUUGCCGGUCCGGCAAUUCCACCACACGCCCUUUGUCACCUGCAUGAUUAGCGAAGGCACGCUUGCGUUGCUGUCAGCAUGCAACUUCCUGUUGAAAGGAAAAGAUAUGAUGAUCGCGAGGAAUCAGAUCCGAAUGACAAUUGGAUGCCUCAAAGAACUAGGUGAAGUGUGGCCGAGAACCGCGAGAAAUAUGCGAGAGAUUCAGACAAUCGCCCAUCAUGUUUUGGGAUUGGUAUCCAAAGCACCGAGCGACAGUGCAAAGUCCAGCGAAGUACCGCCUCUUUCCACAGGCGAGGGCCAGGGAAGCAUGGGAUCGGAUGCUGAUACAUCGAGUGAAAGUCUCGACAUGCUUCCUUCCUUGGGGUCUAUCGAUGACCUCUGCGGCUGGUACAACUUUGGUUACCUUAACCAGAAUAUUCCAUGGGAUAUGAGUAAUUUAUCAUGA